AUGAAAUUCACAGACUCUCCGGUGAUCGAUCUGACGGUGAACGGCACGAAGCUCUCUUUCCAGCAAGACAAUGGUUCGAUGCACGUCGGAACCUCCGUCUGGUCUGGCUCUCUGAUCCUCGCCAAAUUCGCCGAGCGCUGGUCCACGGUGGACUCAUCAUCGUCUCCGAAUCCAUACGCCGAACUCCUCGAUUUCCGCCGCCGUCGCGCCGUCGAGCUAGGAACCGGAUGCGGAGUCGCCGGUAUGGCUUUUCACCUCCUUGGUCUAACGGAGAUCGUGCUAACUGACAUCGCUGCGGUCAUGCCGGCGCUCAAACACAAUCUGAAACGGAACAAGGCCGCGCUUGGAAAAUCUCUGAAAUUCUCGAUUGUUAACUGGAACAACAAGGAUCAGAUCUCGGCGCUGAAGCCGCCGUUUGAUCUGGUAAUCGCGGCGGAUGUUGUUUACAUAGAGGAAUCGGUAGGGCAGCUAGUGACGGCGAUGGAAGCGUUGAUGGCGGAAGACGGCGCUGUGCUGCUUGGUUACCAGAUUAGGUCGCCGGAAGCUGAUAAGCUAUUCUGGGAGCUAUGCGACGCCGUUUUCAAGAUCGAGAAAGUUCCUCAUGAGCAUCUCCAUCCCGAAUACGCCUAUGAGGAAACUGAUGUUUACAUCUUUAGAAAGUUGCCUAAGAAGGAUCAAGCUGAAUCUGAGUGA